AACAUUUAUUAUAGCUCUAUCACAUAGAAAAAAAACCUGUCUUUUUUCUGUUGUCUGUUAUAUAACAUUAGGGGUGUUCAUGGCAAUUAACUUUUUAAUCGACUAAGCCGGUCAAGUAAGAAACACUCAAGUGUUAAGUUAAAUUUGAAAACGGUUUAAAAAAAAAUAAAUAUCCCCAUUCCAAAAUGUCACCUGACAAUCUGAUGGGCUUAGGAGUGAUGAUGUCACAAGGACACCUUAAGGGUCUUUAAUCCUUUGAAGUUUUUCCUCAAAUAGGGGUGAGAAACAGCAAUUGUUUCAGUUGUUUCUUCGCAGCCUUUGUGUUUGCAGCCUUCAAACGUUCACUACAGAAACAUUUGGAAACCUCUCAGAGUCAUGUAUACAAACGCCAACAUGUAUCCAAGAUUACGGCAACCAAGACAAAAAGAUUACGCCGCCUCUCCUUCCUGCCGUGGCCGGCCAACUUCUCCGAAUGGUCUCCUUUCCACCCAAAGUCCAUUACAGGAGAGUAGGAAUGAAAACAACCAUCUCCAGAUCAAAAUUCAACAAAUUGAAGAAGAAAAACUUCACCUGGAGAAGAAGUGCUUACAAAUGGAAGCACAAAAUAAACACCUGGAAGAAACACUACAGUGCCAGCCCGACAUCAACAUUAUUAAUGAGGGCUGGGGGAUCAAGUUUGCUCAAGCCAGAGAGCAGAUUGUAUUCUUGAUCAAAGAAAACAAGCAGAAGAGCGCUGAACUUAAACAAAUGUCUGAGCAGCUUCAAGACAAGAAAGCGACGACUGAUAAGAUGGAGUGGGAUCUCCAAUACAUGGACCAAAGGAAUCAGCUGCUCCAACGAAAGCUUGAUGAAGCUGAAGAAAAAAAUAAAGAAAUCCUCCAGCAGAAGGAAGACCAGGACACAAAGCAUAAAGACAUGCAGCGUGAACUCCAAUGCAUGCAGGAAAAUUACAGAAUGGUGAAAGUAAGGUUGGAUCAAACACUGCGCCAAAAUAAAGACCUGCUUCAAGAGAAAGAGCAACAGCAAGAAAGACUGACAGAAGAAAAGUGCAUCAUCAAGGACUUUGAGAGUAAAAAUCAAAAGAUGCAAGAAUUCUGUAAUGAAUUGAAGGUCAAAACAAGUGAGCUGGAGGGAGAAAAGGAAACACUGGAAAAACGAUGCUCACAGAUGCAGAAAAGGAUCGAACAAAUGGCGAAAAACAACUCGGAGCUCAUUAAGGGGAUAUUGUUGGAAUUCAACAACUUGAAGCGGGAAAACACAGAAAUGCAGGCGCAAAAGCAAAAACAAGACAAAAUGCAUGAAGACCUGCAGUGUACGCUCCAAGACAUCCAGAAAAGAAAUGAGCAGCUAGAAGACAUGCACAAAGAAGAUCAACUGAGAAAUGCAGACCUGCACAAGGCAAAGAUAACACAGGAGGCAACAUCCAAAGAACUCAAGGACAAGCUUGAAGAAAAACAAGCAACAUUAGAACAGGUGGAGCAAAGAUGCAGGAACCUUGAGAAGCAAAACGCAGAAACAAUCGAUGAGCUGAGAACCCUCAUCCUGGAGAAAAAGGCGCUCGUGGAAAAGUCCAUGAAAAAGAAGAAAAAAUUCUUCCGCUUGUUCCAGAGGAGGGACAAUACUGCCUCCUUCAACUGAUGUAGCCUCGUCUUGCUCCACCUCUGUUCACCCCCCCAACCAGUCCCGGCAGUUGACUGCCCCCUCCUGAGCCUGGUUCUGCCGGAGGUUUCUGCCCGUUAAAAGGCAGUUUUUCCUCCCCACUGUCGCCUAGUGCUUGCUCAGAGGGG